CAUGGAGGCGGAGCAGCGGCCAGCGGCGGGGGCCGGCGAAGGGACGACCCCUGGGCUGGAGGCGGCGCCUCCCACUGCUCCCACUCCCGCGACCGCGGCCUCAGGUCCGAUCCCCGGGUCAGCUCCCGAGCCUAAGAGGAGGCAGCUCGGGACGCUACUGCAGCCCACGGUCAACAAGUUCUCUCUUCGGGUAUUCGGCAGCCACAAAGCAGUGGAAAUCGAGCAGGAGAGGGUGAAGUCAGCGGGGGCCUGGAUCAUCCACCCCUACAGCGACUUCCGGUUUUACUGGGACUUGAUCAUGCUGCUGCUGAUGGUGGGGAACCUCAUCGUACUUCCUGUGGGCAUCACCUUCUUCAAGGAGGAGAACUCCCCUCCCUGGAUUGUCUUCAAUGUCCUUUCUGAUACUUUCUUCCUGCUGGAUCUGGUACUCAACUUCCGCACCGGCAUCGUGGUAGAGGAAGGCGCAGAGAUCCUUCUGGCACCGCGGGCCAUCCGCACGCGCUACCUCCGCACCUGGUUCCUGGUUGACCUCAUAUCUUCCAUCCCCGUGGAUUACAUUUUCUUGGUGGUGGAACUGGAGCCACGGCUGGACGCUGAGGUCUACAAGACGGCGCGCGCCCUGCGCAUCGUUCGGUUCACCAAGAUCCUCAGCCUGCUGCGGCUGCUCCGCCUCUCCCGCCUCAUCCGCUACAUUCACCAGUGGGAGGAGAUCUUUCACAUGACCUAUGACCUGGCCAGCGCUGUGGUUCGUAUCUUCAACCUCAUUGGGAUGAUGCUCCUGCUCUGUCACUGGGAUGGCUGUCUGCAGUUCCUGGUCCCCAUGCUGCAGGACUUCCCUCCUGACUGCUGGGUUUCUAUGAACCGCAUGGUGAACCACUCGUGGGGCCGCCAGUACUCCCAUGCCCUGUUCAAGGCCAUGAGCCACAUGCUGUGCAUUGGCUAUGGGCAGCAGGCUCCCGUGGGCAUGCCCGACGUCUGGCUCACCAUGCUCAGCAUGAUCGUGGGCGCUACRUGCUACGCCAUGUUCAUCGGUCACGCCACUGCCCUCAUCCAGUCCCUGGAUUCUUCGAGGCGUCAGUAUCAGGAGAAGUAUAAGCAGGUGGAGCAGUACAUGUCCUUCCACAAGCUGCCGGCUGACACCCGGCAGCGCAUCCAUGAGUACUAUGAGCACCGCUACCAGGGCAAGAUGUUCGACGAGGAGAGCAUCCUGGGCGAGCUGAGCGAACCACUGCGGGAGGAGAUCAUUAAUUUCACCUGCCGAGGCCUGGUGGCCCAUAUGCCACUGUUCGCCCAUGCUGACCCCAGCUUCGUCACCGCGGUGCUCACCAAGCUACGCUUUGAGGUCUUCCAGCCGGGGGACCUUGUGGUGCGUGAGGGCUCCGUGGGCAGGAAGAUGUACUUCAUCCAGCACGGGCUGCUCAGUGUGCUGGCACGUGGUGCCCGGGACACCCGCCUCACUGAUGGAUCCUACUUUGGGGAGAUCUGCCUGUUGACCCGGGGCCGGCGCACAGCCAGUGUGCGGGCCGACACCUACUGCCGACUCUACUCACUUAGUGUGGACCACUUCAAUGCAGUGCUUGAGGAGUUUCCUAUGAUGCGCAGGGCUUUUGAGACCGUGGCAAUGGAUCGGCUGCGCCGCAUAGGCAAGAAGAAUUCCAUACUGCAACGGAAGCGCUCCGAGCCAAGCCCAGGCAGCAGUGGCGGUAUCAUGGAGCAGCAUUUGGUGCAACACGACAGGGACAUGGCUCGGGGAGUCCGGGGUCUGGCUCCAGGCACCGGAGCUCGGCUCAGUGGGAAGCCAGUGCUGUGGGAACCGCUUGUGCAUGCCCCUCUACAGGCAGCUGCUGUGACCUCCAAUGUGGCCAUUGCUCUGACUCACCAGCGGGGCCCCCUGCCUCUCUCCCCAGAUUCUCCAGCCACCCUCCUUGCUCGCUCUGCUCGACUCUCAGCAGGCUCCCCAGCUUCCCCACUGGUGCCUGUCCGAGGCGGCCCUCUGCUGGCUCGGGGGCCAUGGGCAUCCACCUCCCGCUUGCCUGCCCCACCAGUUCGAACCCUCCAUGCCAGCCUAUCCAGGGCAGGGCGCUCCCAGGUGUCCCUGCUGGGCCCUCCACCAGGAGGAGGUAGCCGGCGGUUAGGACCUCGGGGCCGCCCACUCUCAGCCUCCCAACCCUCUUUGCCUCAGCGGGCAACAGGCGAUGGCUCUCCUGGGCGGAAGGGCUCUGGAAGUGAGCGGCUGCCCCCCUCAGGCCUCCUAGCCAAGCCUCCAGGGACAGCCCAGUCCCCCAGGCCACCAGUGCCUGAGCCAGCCACGCCCCGGGGCCCCCAGCUCUCUGCCAACAUGUGAAACCUUU